CACGUCUUUCACGGAACCUAUGAUCACACCUUCCUCACGCCUCUCAUCAACGGAGCGCAUCAAAGCUGCCAUUAAAAUCCUCCGAGAUGGCCAUAUCAGUAUCCUCGACUUCAUGCUAAAAAUUCUCAAUCCGUCAGAGGCUUGCUUUGCAUAUAAUCGCGACUGUAUAUUCAACUGCUCUCGGCAGGAAAAGAUGAGUGUAGAUGUUGGGAAGGCUCCAGUGGGAAAACUCGAGAAGAUGUUUGAUUGCUUCCAGGAGAUGGAUGCGGUGAAGGAGGUUCUGCGAGGGACACUUGACUCGAUCACUCUGGAAUUCCUCUUGACGUGGGAUCUUAAUUCGACCAUCCAGAAUACAGUCAUCUUGAAAGCACCAGUCCUCAACUCUAUUCUUCAUUGUGCUGCUCAAACAGACCGGGCAAAAGAUAAGAACAAACUCAAGGACUGCAGUACUGCAUGUAAUAUCAUCAUCACGCAACUCGCUUCUCAGCGUUCGCACCACAGUGUCUUCUUCGCAGCUCCCUUUACCUUAUUUCUCUGGGCCAAUGGGGCCUCAAAACAAACAAUCGAGGCACUCUACCAUUGUGGUCUUUGCAUAUCAUUCACGUCUCUCCUUACAUUACUCGAGAAGCUUGCAGCGCGUUGUCUCAAUCGCGCAAGACAGCUCGCAUGUUGGCCACAUAUCAUGUGCUACGACAAUAUCAACAUUAGCACUUCAAUCUUUGUGGAACAACGUCCCAAUGCUCCUGCCAAAGUGCAAUUGGGAACAUUUGCUAUCCUGUAUGAAGCUCGCAAUGCAAAUCCAGAUCAUAUGCGCAUCUCACCAAUGCUAAGCCGCAUCCUCAAUGCUUCUGAGCUGAUGUUCAAUGCUGAUGUCUGUCCUGGUGUUGACCAAAUGCAAUCAUUUCACAGCUACCUUCACGCACACGUUGUCGACAUUCUGCUUGAAAACUGCUCCUGCUUUAAGGGUUAUCAUUGA